AUGGAUGAAGUUGUGAAUGCAGAUCAGACGUUUAAUCGGGCAGUUAUGCCGAUGGAGGGGAAGGUAGUAUCAAACGAUGGCAGUAACAAAGUGAGUAACAUUUUGAAUACGGCGGCAUCCCGCACUAUGGGAGGAGCGAUGGGAAGCGGGUUUCUUGGCAGCAUGAACGGUGUGGUUGGCAACCCGAUGAACAGCCCCGUUGUCGGCCCUAUGAAUCACAAUAUCAUAAACGCAAUGGGCACUGGAAGGACGAGCAGCUUGAACAGCAUGAGUAAUAUCCUUGGAAGAGGUAAUAGGAACAACAAGAGUGCGAGCAACAACAGCGGGAGCAACAACAGCGGGACGAAAAUGGGCCCGAUGAAGAGCUCACCAAGUAAUGACCCCAGCGUUUUAGCCAACAAUUUGGUGAACACUGUGGUGAACACGGUGGUGAAUACCAUGUCGAAUGGCAACCACAGCGUUGUCAAUCACAGUGUUGGCAAUCACAACGUUGGUAAUCACAGUGUUGGCAAUCACAGCGUUGGCAAUCUGGGAAAUAGCCCUAUGACCAAUGGAAGUAACAACCCCCCAGGAAAAGGCCCCACCCCCCAGCCUGGAACGGGCCAAGUGGUGAAGAAGAAAGUAGGAAGGCCCAAAGGAACCACUUCUGCAAAUAAAGUUAUAAAAAAGGAAGAAAAGGUUUCGACGUCUUCGUCCGGCUACCCAGGGGUCAGUUGGAAUAAGAGGAUGUGUGCCUGGUUAGCCUUCUUCUAUGAUGGAGCAUCCAGAAGAAGUAGGACUUUUCACCCCAAGCACUUUAACAUGGACAAGGAAAAGGCCCGACUAUCAGCCGUAGAAUUUAUGAAAUCGUUAGAAAAUAACGGUAGAAAAAAAUCAACAAAAGGUAAAGGAAGUAGGAGUAAAGCAAAGCAAUUAAAUGAAGAAAUUAUCCCAGGGAUGAUGAGUAACGACAUGGCAAGCAGCUUAAAUAGCAGAGCCCCCAAUGGCACUUCAAUCCCUAUGCACCUAAUGUCAUUGAACCGCGGGUUCUAUAUGCAGAACAUGAAUAGAAAUUUCAACCUCCCAGGGAUGUCCUCAGGUGAUAGAAGUAAUAUUAGUAGUACGUACAACUCGUUAGGUAACACGUCAAAUUUAGGAGGCAUGCAAGACCCAGGGGGAAUUUAUAUACAUAAUGGAGGAGCUCCCGCCCACGCCAUGUUUGGAGGGAACAUGCACAUGUUGGGCAGUGUCAAAAGUAACGCAAACGGUGGUACUGGUUGUAGCAAUGGUGGAAAUAACGGUGCAAGUAACGGCAGUGGCAGUGGUAAUAAUAUGCUCUACCUGAACGACUUGAUGUUCCAUUCGAAUGUUAUGCAGACGGGAAAUCCUUCCGGGGGUGUAAAUGUAAACUUCGUCGAUAGAAAUUUGAGCAAUAACAACGCCAUCAGUGAGCUUUUAAAAAUGGAAGAAAGUUUAGGAUUGCAUAAUAAAGACGUGGAAACUUUAAUGAAUGCACUUUUUAGACAAAACUAUAAUAUGAACAUAGGUAUGGCCAACAUGGAUAAGCAUCAGUACCUAAACAGUAGUGGGAAGAACAGUACUACUGGGCGGGGUGGUAUGAAGACAUCUUCUUCGAACAGUACAAACGGGGUGAACUCUAUUGGGAAUAGCAACCCCCCCAACAGUAACAACGCGACCAAUUCGAUGAACGGCAAUUCGUCCCAAGGGGCGCAUUUAUAUUUGUCCAAUCGUGGAUUAGGUGAUGUUUUUGAAAAUGGGAACGAAUCCAAUAAUGGGAUCAGCAUGGCAAACAUGGUGAACCUACCCAACGUGGGCAAUUUGCCAAAUUAUUAUGACUACAAUUUUGAGCCAUAUCGAGGGAAUAUGCCUCCUCAUUUGAUCGACAUGGUGCAUCGGUUAAACAACGACAUGAAGGAGGAUGGGAAAAGUGGCGGAGUGAGUGGAGGGGAUAACCGAAGUGACGAAAUGAAUGAGUUAAAUUUCCUUACCACGGAUAACGCCGCUUGGAUUAACCAACUGAAACAAUCGCAAAAUAACCUGUGCAACAAUAUAAAUAGCAACCCCUGUGAUUUAUGUGAUUCAGGCAGUUCCUCGCCUGAGCCUAAUAUGGGUAAGAAGAUAGACAUGGGUAUCCGGAAAAAAGCAGCGAAUAAUAUUCUCAGAAUGUCUAACCGGAAGAGUGAGAUGGUGGACUCUGGUGCCACUACGGCUGCACGCCAUGUCAACGGUGAUGGUAGUGGCAGCGAUAACGCAAGCGGGAAUGGCAAUGGAAAUAACGGCAGUGCCAACUUUGACAUGAAUAGUAAUUCGCCCUGCGAUUGUGCACCCCACCUGAGGAAUCAGAAGAAGCACUACUGCAUGUAUUACAACGAAGCCAAUUCGAACGCCACGAAUGACGACAGUUACAAUUUUAUGGCACCAUGGAAUGGCAAUAAAGCCAACUCGAGUAACAACCGAAUGAAUGGCUUGGACAGUAAUAAUGAGAACGCUAUUGAUAGCACCCAUCAUGCAUCUAAGGGCGCUUCGAAUAAUAGUACGAUAAACAUGGGAAACCCCAACAGUGUCAUCCUUUCCAUGUCAACAAAUAAUAACCAGAUAAAUUCUCUUGCACAAAAUGCAACAAAUCUGGCAGGGAACAUCGAAAUGAACCCCAAACAAAGUUCCCACUCUUCAUCUGCCUUUUCUGGCACACCUAAUAUACAAGACUUGCAGAAGAAGCUGCAUUUUCAGACCCAGUCAGGUGUCAGUACAUCUGCGCCAGAUUUGCAGAAUGCACUACAAAGGGCCAAGCAGGUGAAUAACUUUGCGCAAAAGGGUCUUACCAGUAGUAACAACAAUGGUGCCACGAACAACAACGCUAGUGGUGGUAACAAUAUUGGAGGCUCAAAUCCUGUUAAUGUUACUUCCAAUGAAACAACUGCGUAUAAGAAAAGGGGACCAAAGGAUAGCCGGAAGAGCUUGUUACCCCCGGAGGCGGUGGCACCAUCGACAGCGGGAUCUUCACAUGCCAUGAACACACAGUCGUUGCAGAACGGAAAAAAAAACGAGAUAAACCUGGAUUUCGCCGACCAGAACAGUAUAUGUAGCAAGCUAAGUAGCAUAAUCAAUUUCGAGUGGCUCAGCUCCGACGCGAAGACACUUCCGAAUAGGAAUAAUGAGGACGUGUUCGAUAACGGAGAUGCGUGA